AUGCCUGACUCUCCCCUAAACCCUAAAACACCCGAGGAGACAGCUGAAGGUGCGGUGUCUCCUCAUGGGAAUAAUAUAACAGCAGCAAAAGAAGAAACAGCAGCAGCAGCAGCAGCAGCAGCAGCAGAAGCAGCAGAAGCAGGUGUACCAGCUGCAGCAGAAGCUGCAGCAGCAACUGCAACUGCAAGUGCAAGCAGUAGUAGUACUACCAGCAGCAGUCCAACCUGCAGCAGCAGCAAUAGCAGCAGCAGCAGCAAUAGCAGCAGCAGAAGCAGUCCUACCUGCAACUGUAGCAGCAAUAACAACAGCAGCAGCGCCUGUUGCAGCAACAGCAGCAGCAGCAGCAGCAGCAGCAGCAAUUGCUGCGGUCUAUCAUUAGAGCAGCACGUAGUAGAUAGUUUUUGGCGAUGUUUUACAGCAAAACAAAAUGAUCUUGCUCUUGCUGCUGUGCAUGCACUAGCUACAGUUGUGCAUGCGUCUCGUGCUGAGAGCGUAAUGGAAUUAUUUGUUCAUCUUCGUGCGGCAACAGAAGCCCUCGAGGAUUAUGUAGGAAGAGGAGAUGUAUUAGAAUAUAUAGCUAAGAGGACUUGCGUACGG